AUGCCACGGUUAGUCACUGUCACGCCGGAAGCGUAUCAAACCAUGCUGUUGCACGCAUUUACGCAUGAGCGGGAAGAGGUCGGGGGUGUUUUGGUUGGUCAGGCGGAUGAGAAACAGACGUUCGUGAUCACCGUCAUUCCUCUUAAACGCGCUUCCCAAGAGACCGAGGGAGAAGCAGUUCAUAAGCAGCAGAGGUCCAGCAGAGUACAUGUCACGGAUGUUGAACUGGCUGAGUGUAUCCCAAAAUGUGAGGUAGGCAUCUGA